AUGUGGUGCAAGCUACCGACGCAAAGAGCAUCUAGCUCGUCACGCUGUCCGGCAUUCGCGGAGUCGAGUCUUCAUCUGCAGUGUCUGUGGGGUCAGUUUCGACCGGAGGCUGCAGGUCUAUAUGUGCAAGCAGAACUAUGGUAUAACUACACUUCCUCUCUUGUAAUUCGUUUAUAUUGCAGUGAUAAAUGCUGGAUUGCAGCUGACGAUGUUCACAGCGACACUCUACGACGACACACAAAGAUCCAUUCCAAAGCCGAUGAACCCAGCAUCCCCCGGGCGUCGAGAGCCUGCAAUCGAUGCCAUGCCCAAAAGUCGAGAUGUGACGGAAACUUUCCAUGCGGAGUGUGCUUAAAGAAAGGCGUUUCCUGCUCAUUCGAUCGAGGAAGCGAAACUGCAGGGAAGAGACGGCGUCAAAACGACGGCAAGACUCACAAUAAUCAAGAAGAACAUCUCGAUCAGUCAGACGAUGACACUGCAGCGCUAGAUAAGCAGGUCUGUUUCGGCAGCAGCGAAGCACACGAGUCCGCCCCGUCACCUCUAUCUGAUCAAUCAGAGUACAGCGUAAGAAGGGCUUUCCUGCAGCAAGAAGCCCGCGUGCAGGAAGAAGCCAUACGCUCGGUCGAGCAGCAGGCUUCAACCUCAAUCCCUCUUCUUCAACUCGAGGGUUUGCCAAUGCUGACCUCGAUGAUCGACAAUGAUGAUGACAACAACCAGACCAGUCUGAAUCUGACCUCUGGAUCUAGAUCUGGAUCCGGGUCCAUCGACACCGAGUACUACGUCCGCUUACAAAAUGGGAUAAAUCACGUCAUGAUGGUCAUGAAUCAACGACGACGACGACGACGACAACAACAACAACAACAACAACAACAACAACAACAACAACAACAACAACAACAACAACAACAACAACAACAACAACAACAACAACAACAACAACAACAACAACAACAAAUGAUAACACCCGUUGGCCAUUGGCGACCUAUCAGGCCAUCCUCCUGUUCACCAUCUUCGCCAUGGUGGCCCACAGACCGGGCACCUGCGUCACUCACGACGAUGACAUUGACGUCCUCCUCAGCGUCCAGCCCAUCUUCUCGCGGCUCGUGCGAACCUGUCGUGCGCAGGGGGCGCCCAGACGAUCCCAUCAUCUACGCCUGGACGCUCCUGGAAGAAACGAAACUUUUUGCCCUGACCUUGUUCAAAGUCAAUGUUCUUUUCUCACGCCUCGUCGGUGACGACAAUAAUAAUAAUAACCUUGAGGUCCUCUCCCUCUCUGACCUGCAAUUCCCCCUCCCAGACAACGGGUACCUAUGGAGCGCCCAUCCGAUCCGCGAGUGGUUCCGUCGACGAGAGUUGCAGCUGCAAGAUCCGGUCAUAGUACCAACAACAACGAGACGGGACGGACAGGUCGAUCAUCAUCAACAACCUCCUCCUCCUCCUCCUAGGGAUUGUAAUCGGGAUGAAGAUCCCUGGAUCUGCGACAUCUUUGCAGCAUCAUCGUCGUCGUCACCCGCAUCUAAAGCAGAGCGUCGACGAGCAUGGAUGCAUCUGGGUCCGUGGCUAGGGUUCCUCGCAGGGAUGGAUCCUGGCUGA